AUUUUGGAGGGGUUUUGAUCAAGCAUUAACAAUGAAGACGUUACAUAGCUUUUACAUCUUACUACAUCUGAGCAACGCAUUGAGCCUCAUAUAAUGUCCCAAACACAAGGCUGAGAGAAAAUUUAGUUACACUACUGUAUCUGAGAAAUUUAAAUAUCUCUGGCUUUCAUAAGAGCUAUUGGACAUCUUGAAUUUUUCGGGGAUCAAGGUCACACUUGCUUAAUUUGUUUUGGAGAUGAGGUGUGUUAUGUCCAUCAAAGGAUGAAUUCAUCUUCGGCUGUUGUUUUCCUCUGAAGCUGAACAACUAGGAUUAUUGUUUAUUUGAUGUUGAACUUUUAUCAUGGUCAAUCUUUCUGUUUGGCUUGAAUUCUGUAUAGUGUGAUCUAAUGUUUCACGCUUCACGUUUUACGCGUCGGUGGUAAUGGAUUAUUCGUGUGGACUCGGUCCUCAUUUAAGUGGGUCACUCAAACGAAGCAACAAUCCUCGACGUUCUAUUUCUUCAUCAAAAUAUAUUGGGGGAAUUGACUGGCAGCUACGCAAUCAAUUUACAGAACAGUUGAAAUGUCUAGAUCUUAAAUUAGAUAUUGAUUCUACUGUAGUCGCUGAACUUCAGGAUUUUUAUCGUCGACGAGCUAGUGUAGAACAGGAUUAUUCCGAUGCCUUAGCUAAACUUGCCAAUGGGUUAAAACAACGUCAUGUGAAUGAAACAACAAAACGCCCUCAUUGGGCGCCUUAUACAGCAACCACCAUAUGGAAUACAUUACUUGGUUCAACAUUACAUCUAGCUGAAGCUCAUGCAACUUUAUCUGAUAUUUUUUCGAAACAAAUGGUUCAACGUUUAGCUGAUAUGGAUGAAGAUGCUGUCCGUUUGCACAAACAGUGUCGUGAAAUGAUGUCCUCAUGUCAAGAUCGUGUUUUAGCCAAUACUACUAAACUCCAGGCCGAUCAACGUGAAUAUGCACAUAGACAAGCCGCAGCAUUAGAGGCUGAUCGAAUCCGUCGUCGUGCUGAAGAUAAACUGUUAGCUGCUAAUCAAAAAGCCCGUAGUAAAGGCAAAGAUCCUGAUAAUAGUCAACGGUCUAUGCGAGCUCAAAAUGAAUUCGACUUGAAACAAGCGAAUUAUAUCAAUGCGAAUUUAUCAACAACUCGUGCACGAAAUGAAUAUUUAAUACAGUUGGCUGCCACUAAUCACAGUGUUCAACGUUAUUUCACUCAAGAGGCGCCGGAUAUAGUUGAGUGUUUAUUUUGUGGUUUUCAUAAUAGUCUGGCGCGUUCAGCAAUGAUGCAUUUAAGUUGUGAAGAAACAUUGAAAUCAUGUCAUGGUUCAAUUGUUGAAAUGUUAAAUAGAAAUAUUACAGCACUUGAUUUACGACAAGAUAAAGCAUGCUUUUUCAAACGUAACGAACAAGUGUAUACACGUCCGGGUUAUUUUAAAUUUAUGCCAUCCAAAGAAGAUAUUGAAGAUCAUAUUCGUCCAGAUGGUCCAUUGUAUGAUGAACUUCAAACAACAGCUAGUCAACUUACGGCUAGUAUCGAAGCACUCCGUGUAUCGACAGAUGAAACUUGGAAGACACUAGAAGAGGUUGAAAAGAAGUUAUUAGAAUUAAUUAAUCAGAAAGACUAUGAUGUCUCACGGUUGUUUUGCAUUGAAAAGCCUCGUUCAAGACGUUCACUUGUUGGUGUUGGUGGUGGUGCUUCGGCUGGUGUGUCGAAUAACUUAACAACUUCUAACCCUUUAGGAAGUAGUAUGGGUAGUAUUGGAACUGGUUCUAUUACUUCAUCUUCGUCUUCUUCUCCUGGUACAAUCUGUGCUGCAAAUGUACAUUCUAAUCAACAGAUAUUAUCUACAAGUGGCCGGAGUACAAGCCCUGGUUUGUUGCCUAGUUCAACAGCUAUCGUGAAUCAAGACAGUAGUUUACAGGAUACUUCUAAUUUAUCAACUGUUUCACAGACUAAUCAUUCAGGUUCAACUACAUUUGGUGGGAACGAUCCAACUCAAGCUGGUUUAUAUCUUCGUCUCAGGUCAUUGUUUCGUGAUUCUAGAAUUGAACAAGAGAAGUUUUAUUUAGAUAGAUUUGCACACUAUACCCAAGAAAUGCAUAUUUGUCAAUUAAUGCAAGUGAAACUUGCACAAAUUCAAAAUGCACUAGCUUCUUCACAACCAAACUCACAUGAAUCAAUACCUCAAACAUCGCCAUCUUCUCAAAACCUGAAAUCUAUGCUUCGACAUGGUAUACCUGUUUUACCAAAACUACCUGGAUAUAAUAAAGACUUUACAAAAAAUCUCAAAUCUCCAACUUCACCAACUUCUAGUCAUUCGAAAAUCGAUAGUGGUUUCUCAUCAUCACCACCUCCACCUCCACCACCUGCUCCUAAUUUUACUUCACAAAGUUUUCAUCAAGAUUCUUUUAAUUCACCUAUUCUUGCAUCAUCAUCUCAUUGUGAUGUAACAUCAUCACCUGUAUCAAGUCCUUCAUUUUCCAGCCAUUCUGGAAGUCAAUCUACUCUAGUCAGUAAGCAUCAAGCCCGUCGUGUCCUUCGUGUACCGAAUGUUGGCAAACCUAAACUGUUUGGUGGUACCAUAGAUGAAUAUGUAGAAGCUACUAAGCAACCGAUCCCUCGUAUUGUAUUAUCUUGCAUUCGUGUUAUUAAUGAAUAUGGAAUGCAUCAACAAGGUGUAUUUCGUGUUUCUGGUAGUCAGGCAGAAAUUAAUGACUUUAAAGAUGCUUUUGAAAAUGGGGAUGACCCUCUGAUUGGUAUUCAUGAGGCAAGAGAUAUAAAUUCAACUGCUAGUCUGUUAAAAUUAUAUUUUCGUGAACUAGGCGAGCCUCCAUUUCCAGAUACCAUUUUCUUAGAACUUAUAGACAUAACACGUAAACAUCGGGAAAUCAGUGAAAUGAUUCGACGCUUACGUCAUGUGAUCACAGAAAAUUUGAGUAGACCAGUUUUUGUUGUAAUGAGAUAUUUAUUCGCAUUUUUGAAUCAUGUAUCUGAAUAUUCUAAUGAGAAUAUGAUGGAUGCAUACAAUUUGGCUAUUUGUUUUGGUCCAACAUUAAUCCCUAUUCCAAGUGAAUAUAAUCAAUUACAUUGUCAAUCAAGUGUUAUUGAUUUAAUCAAACUACUCAUUGUACAUCAUUUAGUAAUCUUUGAUCAUAUGCUUCCUGGACCUGUGUAUAACAAGAAUAAGUAUAAUAUUAGCAAUAAUAAAACUACAAGUCAUAAAUCUGUGACCAGUUUAGACUCACAUCGUUUAUCACUUUCGUCAAAUAAUGCUAUCGAAAUAAAUACUGAUAAACAACAUAUUAAGGAUGAUAGUAGUAAUUCAUUCAAACAAAACUUGCAUAAUACAUGUCAAUUUUCAAUGGAAUUAAAUGUUAAACACCAAUCAACUACACAUUUGGAUCAUGUACAGAGUAAUGAUAAUAAUAAUAAUGAAAUUUCACCCGCGGAAUGUGGUAAAGCAUCAAGUGUUGGCAAUCUAAUUGACAAUGAGAUAUUAUCUUCGUCUAAGCAAAAUGAAACUGUUAGAGAUGAUGACUACGUGUUUUCUGAAGAUGUCCAAUCCAUAUCUGAUAGUGAAGAUUCCGAACCAGCGUACACUUUAGCUGUCGCUCGAGCAGAUUUUACUGGAUCAAGUGAACGGGAAUUAUCAUUUCAUCAAAGUGAUGAGAUUUUUCUCUAUCGUCAAUUAAGUCAACAUUGGUGGGAAGGACAAUUAGCUUCAGAUUCGAGUUGUAAACGUGGCUUAGUACCACAUUUAUAUGUUGUACCGAAAGCUGCUCUAUUACACCUUGCAGCAUGUGAAGAGGAUAAUCACAGCAAUGAAAAUCAUCUGUUAAAUGAGGUGACUAUUGAUCUUUCUAAAAAGAGUGGAUAUACAGCAAUUGAUGGAAGUUUAAGUAAUUUAGAUCAUGUCGAUGCUGUUAAUAAUGAUGAUGAUAAUAAAAGUGUAACAGAAAAUGGUAGUGUACUCAGUUGGAAUUGUCCUUCUGAAAGUUCAAACGAAAAUAUUCUUUCUGAUACUAAUGAUAGUAAAGUGCAUCGUUUAUCACAGUCUGAAACUCCAAUUUCAAUAGUUGACAAAUCAAAUCAAUCGGAAACAAUAACCUUGUCUAAAACUAUUCACGAUAGUUCUAUUCUCAAAGGGAAUUCUUCAAUGAUUGAGAUUUCUGAUAAAGGUGUAAAAUCGACUAUUUGUAGGGAAAGUCCAAAUAGUACAUCAGAAUCUCCCGAAUCUAAAGAUAAAAAGUCUUUACCAGAAUUCGGUUAUUCAGAUAAACUUGUGAUGCAUCGGUUUAAUCAUCGUUAUACUAUUGGUUAUCCAGCCCUUGGGCCUUUAGGUUCUGUUCCUGAAAAUGAAGUUAUAUCACCCAGUGAAUUAACUCCAUCAUCUCCUGCGUAUAGUUUAAAUGAAGCGAAUAAUCGUUGCCAAUCUGUAGGCGAAGGCAGCUCUCGAUUUUUGUUUAAUUCUGACGUUGAUACAGCUUUAGAAGAGGUUAUGCGUGGUUUAGCUUCUUUGGAACAAGCAGAUAACCGCAAUAGUGAUUCUAGAACGCUUGAACGCAACCAAGAACUGACUCGUAAGCUUUGCUUACCGAGCGCGAAACAUGCUCCAGAUUUAGUCAUGGAUCUUCCCAUUUCAACAGAUUCUAAGGUGCAAAAAUGUACACCAUCUCCCAGUUGCACUCAUGAAGAGUCAGCUGACAGUUUUGCUGAACAUUUCGCCGAACAAACUUUGAAUACAAUGCGAAAGCGCCCUGAAACCCAAUCGCCAGUAACUUCAAGCCAAUGUCCCGCCAGUGACGGUGGUAACUCAAGCUAUGGAGAACUUGGCAAAGUUAUUCUACGGAGUAAAUCUAAUCAUACAGUUCAAUCGGUAGAAGUUCCUAGAAGCUUACCCCGUUUGAAUAGAGCAAGUUCUGAAGAAAAAAAACAUGAAAUACCACGGACUGCCGAUGAACAACCGACUAGUGAACCGAAACUUUCAAUCGCUGCUCGAGUAGCAGCUUUCGAAGCAACUAAAUCUGAUUCAUCUGGUUCUUCCAUAAACUUUGCUCCAAAAUUAGCUCCUAAACCUAAAAGAAGUUAAUUUUGCUGUUGUUUUUACUUAAUUCUUGUUUAAUUGAUUGAUUAUGCUCAGCAUUUAUUACUUGUCAGUUUAUUAUUCGAGGUGAUUUAUACAACAAAUAUGAUAAGAAUAUAAUUGCUUCAAUGACCCUAUAAUCUGAUGAUGAAUUAUCCUGUUUUUAUCCUUUGGAAUAUUGUAUGCCUAAUUAAAAUAUAUAAGUAUAAAUAUAUGUCAAUAACACAGUGCUUCCUUCCUUCUUUAAGAUUUCCAUCAAAUUCUUCAUUAUUCUGCCAGUAUUUCUCUCAAUAAAAUUAUUUCCUUUGAAUUGAUUUUCAUUCUUAAAUUUGGUAAUACCUAACUUUUACAUUGAUGAAAACACAGUGAUUUUAGAAAUAAUGUGUUUUAUACACUUAAUAUUUUUAAUUUUUUUUAAUAAAAAAAGUACGAGUAGACACUACGUAUUCGUUUUGAUCUCUCGAAAUACUUUUAUUUCUAUAGUGUGAAAUUAUUGGCGUAUGGUUGGCGUUUUCUGAUAUCCUUAUUAGUAAUAAUAAUAUUAAUAAUCAAUAAACAGAUCUGUGUGUCAUACGUACUCCUAUAACCAGAUCUUAAUACUCCGUUUCGAAGUGUAAAUGCAUCACUGAUACUUUUUUUUAUUUUAUCGUUUAACCGGAUUUCAAUUUCUUCUUUCUUUACUAUACAUGUUUUUCGUCUUUUCCUCUCACGGAUUGUUUUUUUUUCUUCAUUUAUUCUACUUUUAAGGGUGUACACAUAAUAUUUAUAUAUGUAACACUUGGCUCAAUAUUUAAUUUUAUUGUAUUUUUUUGCAUCUGCGACUUUUUUCGUGCUAACUUUUUUCCCUAUUAUAUUGAUCCCUAGUUGUUAGCUUUCAGUGUAAUUUUUAAAGGUUAGUGUGACGCUGGUUAAAUUAGGGGUACUGUCUAGUUCUAUUUGUUGUCAACAAAAGACUACUCCUACCAAUUGUAAACAUUCAUAUGCAUAUACAAAUGUGAGAUAUUGUAGUGUUAUUACCUAUCCCGGUAUUCCAAUUUUAUUUUGUUUUAGUCUUACGCGCAUGUAUGUACACUUGAAUAAGAUUAUUGAUGUACUUCCUUUAAAACUAAUUUUAUGUUGAGUGUUUUGAGUUGUUAUGCAAAAAUUUUACGGAUAUUGAAUCAGUUGGUUUUAUACUAUUUUUGCUUAUAACUAAAUGU